AUGAAGGUUUUGGGUGGAGAUAAGAUGCAGCUGCAGGAGAACGUGACUGAGGAACAUCACACAAAGAACGUGACUGAGGAACAUCACACAAAGAACGUGACUGAGGAACAUCACACAAAGAACGUGACUGAGGAACAUCACACAAAGAACGUGACUGAGGAACAUCACACAAAGAACGUGACUGAGGAACAUCACACAAAGAACGUGACUGAGGAACAUCACACAAAGAACGUGACUGAGGAACAUCACACAAAGAACGUGACUGAGGAACAUCACACAAAGAACGUGACUGAGGAACAUCACACAAAGAACGUGACUGAGGAACAUCACACAAAGAACGUGACUGAGGGACAUCACACAAAGAACGUGACUGAGGAACAUCACACAAAGAACGUGACUGAGGAACAUCACACAAAGAACGUGACUGAGGAACAUCACACAAAGAACGUGACUGAGGAACAUCACACAAAGAACGUGACUGAGGAACAUCACACAAAGAACGUGACUGAGGAACAUCACACAAAGAACGUGACUGAGGAACAUCACACAAAGAACGUGACUGAGGAACAUCACACAAAGAACGUGACUGAGGAACAUCACACAAAGAACGUGACUGAGGAACAUCACACAAAGAACGUGACUGAGGAACAUCACACAAAGAACGUGACUGAGGAACAUCACACAAAGAACGUGACUGUAGGGAACAUCACUAACAGAUCGUGA